AUGAACAGUACCCUCAGCAACAUCAUUGAUGAGUUGGGACUCACCUAUGAUGAGCUGGUGGGACUAUUAGACGGCGACGCGGUGCGGACGAUACCCCUGGUCAACGUGCUCAACAAUCUCGCCACGUUACUCAACCGAUUCUCCACCGAGCUCGAUGCCGUCGACGAACAGGACCGCAAGGCGCUUGACCUUUUGAACGCCACUGGUGAUGCCGAAGACGAUGACGAUGAACACGUGGCUAAACGCCGACGCAUUGAUGGCGGCGACGAUGAGCUGAACUCACCGUCUACCGCGAAUUCGUCUGCUGACGUUAAGGCGGAACCAGUCACCCCUACUAAAGGCUCAACCAAUAAUGCGGUGGUGUCAACGCUGCUGGUGGUGAAAAGUCUUCAGGAAGCCGCAAAGGAUUUAGGGUUAUGGAACGAACCGGAACCCGCCCACCCCGAUCGAGCUUAUUACUGCCGCAAGUACGGGGUAGCGCUGUACCCUACUAAUGACUUACAAGAUUACCUUCCGGGGCAAAUUCCUGAUACCGAUUUCAGUAAAAUCAAGCCCCCGAGCAACCCGGUGCAAUUGUCGACGUUUCAAGCAUACAUCGAGCUGUAUUUCCGCCCGUUUUGUAACACGGACAUUGACUUUCUCGAGGAAAGCAACGUUAUCCCCCCUGGCAUUGACGCCGACUACGAUCCUGACGUCACUCCCUACUUAAUUCCCAAACUUGGCGAACAUUAUAACGAUCUGUGGGAUGAUGAGGACGCCGGCAAGACCUCGGCAGGGUUACCGAGUCACGUGCGCCCCCUUGAACUGUAUCUGGCCCAGGGGACCGUCGACAACCUUGUUGACGAAAACCUCUAUACGGAAGAAGUGCUGUGCGGCCCCUUACUGCUGCGACUUUUGAGCGCAGUGCUUCUGACCCACGAAGCCAACGCCAGAGAUAUUGACGAUGACGAAGCCUCAAUUAAGCCUGAAGACGAUAUCGUCGCCACUCAGCUCGACUCGGUUGAAGACUAUAAAGUCACCGCCAACGUCAGCGACUACCUGUCGUUUGAAGACCGGUUACGCCGUGAGCUUAAGUACAUUGGCAUUUUCACCAACCUACCCAUCAUCGACGAGGCGGCAUCGACCAAGGCCGGCGCCAUCGUCAAGAAGCCGCCUCACACUAACCUUGUUGAUCACCCGGAAGAGUGGUUGAUGAACCGCGAAGACGAUGAGGUGUGCGGGGAGAUGCGUAAGCUCCAGCAUGAGCUUCGGGCGGCAGUGCAGCGCAACCGCGACCACCGUAAACGGUUAGUACUGAUAAUUGAGGAACAAUUGGCUUACCAGGAAUAUCAGACGAUUUUGGAGGACUUGGACAAACAGGUCGACCAGGCGUACAUGAAGCGGUUAAAACAGAAGAACAAGAAGAAAAAGCUGACGUCGACGACAGCCCAGAAAACCACCCCUGAGCUGCAGCAACAACUACAUCAGCAACUUCAGCAACAGCAGGCGGCUAACCUGGGGUUGCGCGCGCUCUUAGACAAGCGCCAGCGGUGGAUUAACAAUAUCGGUAAGCUUUUCCCGCCGCCGGAGGUGAUGAAGCGGGUGCCGAAGGAACUGAUUUUGGGGACGGAAGGCGACGACAACGACGGCGACGGCGACGAGGUCACCACCACCACCGACUUAAUUCGCCAGGCAGAGUAA